AUGGCCACUCCUAUGCGACACGCGCCUUCUCAGCAGGGUAGAACUCCUUCGCAAAUGCCAGGUGCCGCCCCGACGCCGCCUGUCUCGACGCCUUUUUCCAACUCGCUGGCCGCCUUUUCGCCCUCGCAGGGCUCCAAGACGUCUCCGCAAGCCUUCAAGAAGUCGCCCGCAACAUCGCACCACCUCAAGAAUGCAUCAGAUGGUCCGGGCGCUGUCAACUUUGACAGUCCAUCGGCAACCGCUGCCCUGGGCGCCCUCGGCAUUCAUGACUUGGGGCUGGACAAUAUCAGCGUGGGAGGUAUGGGCAUGGGUCGAUCCGACGAGGAUGACCGCAAGAGAAGGAUGAACACCAUUGUGGCCAUGGUAAAGGCUGUCGGUACGGGGAGGGUAAGCAAUGAAGGCCUCGAGAGGCUAGCUCGUUCUAUUGGACUCGAGUGUCUCUGGGAAGAUAACAUCGCCGGAGGCCCCAAGUCAAAGACCUUGUUCAUCGCUGGCACAGGAUUGACGUUGGAGAUUGUCAUUACGAAUCACAUUGUCGAGAAUGUCCAUCUGACAUUCCCCGAGUGCGCGCCUGGCGUGCAGGAGCAUGUGGGAAGGGCUGCCGAUGUUCUCUUGAGAGAUCUCAAGCUGCAACCCGGCGAAUGGGCUCUUACCAAGACCCUCGAAAAGUUCUCGCCCAACCUAGAGCGCAUCGCCGCUCCGGAUAGGCUUAGCGUUUUGCCCACCCUGAAUUGCUACGACGCCAUUGACGGAAUUUACCAAAGCUUGCUCAAAAUCUUCAACUGGGAUGUUGCCAAGCUGAAAGAAGACCCGAAGUUGCAAGGCCGAUCGGAUGACUACAUCAAAGUGGCCGCUCUUUGCUCCAGACACGGAUGUCCUCAAAUGCACGUUCGAGACAGGAUUGGCCUGAGCCUGGAUUACUGGAAGGAGUGGAGGAGGUUUCCCACGACAACCAUUGAGACCACCGAGAAAGAGGGCCCAAAGACGUGGAGCAUCAUGAUCGAGUGUGCCCCAAAGAACAACCUGGCGUUUAUGCCCAUACGGGUGUCGCAUCAGUGGAUAUCUGACAGCAUCGAGAAGGACGCCACUGCCGAAGAUAUGGUGCUUUCGAAUGGUGGUCCAAUCUUGGACUGGCAGGAGCCAGAGAACAUUCUCUUACCUGCCGGUGCUGGUGAGAAGCCUGAAGGAUCAAUUGGUCCCGAGCCUCGGCUCCCCGAUGUGAUUUUCAUGGCAGUUUUUGACCCACCACUCAUCGUGUCCUCUGGUGUCGCCGCACAGAUUUACAACAUAGCAGGAUUACAGCAGCCAGGCGUGAGUAGUAGCACGUUUGACGCCUUGGUCUUCCCUAUACCUCAAGGAGUAGCUUAUGAUCCGACAGAGUCCCGGAUCAUCACCCACACGCAACCAAUUAUGCUGUCUGGGACUUCCAAAUCAGGUCACAAGAUUCGCCUGCACCGCAAUACCCUGAACACGGAUCGUGCCGUGUAUGGCGAGUUGCUAACCAGAGUGCCGUUUCAACAUCCACGCCAGUUAUUGGAGAUGCUCCCUUUGUUGCGGCAGUACGCUUUCCUCUCCUCACUCCUAAACAACAGUUUCAAAACAAAUGAGCACCCGGACGUUAAGCCCGAGGAUAUCGUGAGCAAAGAGACAACCACAGCCAACGACGAGUUUACGGCCUUCAUGAAAGGAUCAGAUAAAUCGACGGAUGCGGAUCCCUUCCCCAUUGACAUAGCACUCACCGCACAUCCCGUUCCCCGACUGAGAGUCGUGUUUCCUUUCAAAGGCCGAACAGCCAAUAUCACACUCGAGAUUCAGCUCGGCGGAAAAGUACACGUCAUCUCGGACAAUAUUUUCAGCUCCGAUGUGGAUGGCAUUCAAAAAGGAGACGAUCCCUCAUCCUGGAACGGCCCUGGAAAUCGAUUGAGUGCCGAGCAGUACGGCGAGAUGCUCGAGAUGACUGAUCACAUUGGCAAGUGGGUCGAGAGGAUCAAGUACAAGUUCAAUGAUCAAUGA